AUGAUCCUUCUUUUCCUUAGAUUAUCCGUGGUAAGGAUCUUUCCCAGGGAGGCUGUCCAGACAAAGAAAGAGGCUUUUGGAGGUGCCUUGUGGUUCCAGAUCUUUCUCCAAGGGAAGAGAGAGUUGGACUCUGGGGAUGCCAUGGAUUCUCUGAUGAGGGGAAGGACUGUUCUUAUCAUAGCACACAAGCUUUCAAUAGUCAAAAGUGCAGAAGGUGUUGCUGUUAUAUCAGAUGGUCAGAUAGCUGAAAGCGGCACCCACAAGGAGCUACUCAGCCAGGAUGGAAUAUACAUUGCAUCAGUAAGGAGACAAUUACAAGCCCCAAUUACUGCACUGUAG